UAAUUUAGUCUUCUCCUCUGUUUUUCAUCUUCUUCUCUCCAACCAACCAGGAUUUGCUUAUUACGGUUUGGAAAAGAGCUGUAACCUUGCUUCAAAAAUGGAAAAUCCUCUGAAACAGAACCCCACCGCCUCCCCUACCGUCUUCUUCACUACUCACCCUCUUCCCCGGAGCUCUUCUUUCAAUUCACCCUCCUCCACCAUCCUCCCAUCAUCGGAACCCCACCGCCCACUCUUCUUCUUCUUCCACCAUUUUCUUCGAUGCCUUUACGUCCCCUCCUGUUCCUCCUCUGUUUUCCUCUGUUUUCCUUCGCCCUCAACCAAGAGGGUCGAAUUCUCCUUGACUUUAAGCGCUCCGUCGACGCUCAUAACAAUGCCUUCUCCUCCUGGCACGACGCCGACCCGAACCCCUGUUCCUGGUACGGCAUCAUCUGCGAUGUAGAUCAUCACGUCAUUUCCCUCGACCUCCCCAGCUCCGGAAUUUCUGCCCCUUUUCCUGUUCAUCUCUGUAACCUUCCGCUUCUCCUCUACGUUUCUCUUUACAAUAAUAGCUUCCAUUCCCUUCUUCCGCCGGACCUCGUCAACUGUACAAAUCUCGAGUAUCUCGACCUGGGCCAAAAUCUCUUAACCGGUUCUCUGCCUCCCUCCCUUGCUGAUAUGCCUAACCUCCGUUACUUGGAUUUGUCCGGCAACAAUUUCUCCGGCGAAAUACCACCCACCUUCGCUCGGUUUCAGAAACUUGAGGCGUUUUCCCUUAUUUUGAAUCUGAUGGGUGGUGUGAUCCCUCCGUUUCUUGGGAACAUAACCACUCUUAGGAUGUUGAAUCUGUCUUACAACAGUUUUGAGCCGGGAAGAAUCCCGCCGGAGCUGGGUAAUCUAGUGAAUCUUGAGGUUCUUUGGUUGACGGGUUGUAACUUACAGGGGGAGAUUCCUGACUCGCUGGGACGGCUCAAGAAUCUCGUUCUUCUUGAUUUGAGCAUUAACAAUCUUUCUGGGUCGUUCCCCCCAGCGCUGACGGAGUUAACCCACAUGUCCCAGAUUGAGUUGUUUAGCAAUUCCUUGUCCGGUGCGUUACCAGAUGGGCUUUCGAAACUCAAGUCGUUGCGGUUGGUCGAUAUUUCGAUGAAUAAGUUCUCUGGGCCUAUUCCGAGCGACUUGUUUGAGUUGCCGCUCGAAAGCCUUAAUGCGUUUGAGAAUAAGUUCGAGGGUAGCUUGCCGGAAAGCAUGGGGAGGUCGAGGACUUUGACAGAGGUCAAGCUAUUUUCAAACAGAUUCACGGGGGCGUUACCAGGAUAUUUGGGGAAAUAUUCGCCUCUGGAAUCGUUGGACAUUUCCAACAACUUCUUUUCCGGCAGGCUUCCCGAGGCCUUAUGUGAGAAUGGAAAACUGUUAGAAAUAAUGAUGAUCAACAAUUUCAUUUCCGGCGAACUCCCGUCGAGUCUCGGUGAUUGCCACUCCCUAACCAGGAUUCGAUUAGGGAACAAUAAUCUUACGGGUCAUGUACCUGAAAAUUUAUGGGGACUUCCAGGUGUUGUUCUGCUUGAACUUGCAAACAACAGCUUCUCUGGUCCAAUCUCUAAGAACAUAGCCAAUUCCAAGCGGCUGAGUUUGCUUCUUAUUUCUAACAACAAAUUCUCAGGAACAAUUCCAGAGGAGUUGGGGUCUUUGGAGAAUCUGGUAGAGUUCGCCGGUGCCAAUAACAAGUUCGUAGGGAAUUUCCCUGAGAGCCUCACGAAAAUACAUACGCUUGCCAAGUUAAAUCUUAAAAACAACAUGCUUUCGGGGUUGAUUAGCAGCAGGCUUGAUGCCUGGAAGAGGCUAAAUGAGCUGAAUCUGGCUAAUAAUAACUUUUCUGGGCAAAUUCCCCGUGAAAUUGCUAACUUGCCUGUGCUUAAUUACCUCGAUCUUUCAGGCAAUCAAUUUUCAGGGGAAAUCCCAUAUGGGUUACAGAACACGAACCUCAAUGUUCUUAAUCUAUCAUACAACCACUUAAAUGGGACGCUUCCUUCCUAUUUCGAGAGUGAAGUGUAUAGAAAUAGCUUUCUUGGUAAUCCUGAUUUGUGUAGGGAUGGAAAUGGAGCGUGUCGUCCAAUUAAAUCUAGUAGAAGAGGAGGAGAUUGCGAUGGGGAUGGAGUUUGCAUUUGGAUGAUGCGAUCUGUUUUUGUAUCAGCAGGUGUAAUUUUCUUUGUGGGAAUGGCUUUCUUCCACGUCAAGUACAAGAAAUUCCUCGCCUCAAGAAGUCUAAACAUGAAAUCAAAAUGGACAAUGACAUCCUUUCAAAAGCUGUCUUUUAGCCAGGACGAGAUUGUGGGUUCCUUGGAUGAACACAACGUGAUAGGCAGUGGCGGCUCUGGCCAAGUUUACAAGGUUGCUCUCACCAAUGGUUCCACCAUUGCUGUUAAGAAACUUUGGCCCAAGGUGUCGAACGACCGCGACAGCUUCGAUCUCGAGAAAGUUUGGAGUGAAGAUGAUGUUUUUGAUGCGGAAGUGGAGAUUUUGGGUAACAUCAGACAUAAAAACAUAGUGAAACUUUUGUGUUGUUGUAGCAAUGGAGUCAGCAAGCUUUUGGUGUAUGAAUACAUGCCUAAUGGAAGCUUAGGUGACAUGCUUCAUGACAGUAGAAGUGCGUUAUUGGAUUGGCCAACAAGAUACAAGAUAGCCUUGGAUGUUGCUGAGGGGCUGUCUUAUCUUCAUCAUGAUUGUGUUCCUCCAAUCAUACACAGAGAUAUCAAGUCUAAUAACAUCUUGUUGGAUGCUGAUUUCGGAGCUAUGAUAGCAGAUUUUGGAAUAGCUAUGGCUGUCGACCUAUCCGAGGUUAAAUCGAUGUCGGUGGUUACUGGUUCUUAUGGUUAUAUUGCUCCAGAGUAUGCUUAUUCAUCAAAAGUGAACGAAAAGGGCGACAUCUUUAGCUACGGGAUGGUGAUCCUUGAGCUGAUAACAGGGCGGCGGCCAACCGACCCCGAGUUUGAAGAAAACGGUCUAGUGAAAUGGGUAUGCAGCAGUUUAGAAAAGGAAGGCAUGAAGCAUAUUGUAGACCCGAAAUUGGAUUGGUGUCACAUGGAGGAAAUGUUGAAGGUCCUCAACAUUGGGCUCCAAUGCAGCAGCCCUCAACCUGUGAACCGCCCAGCCAUGCGGCGAGUGGUUAAGCUGUUGGAAGAAGUUCGUAUGGAUAGCCACCCGAUGAUUGGAGGGAGAGAGGGAAGAUUGAAGGCAUAUUGUUUGGAUGAUGUUUCAGAGAGUGAAAAUGUGGUAUAGUUCUUUAAGUUGGUAUCAGUUUGUCGUCGUUCUAGAGAGCAAGGCAGAGAAUGGACUCGCUACAUAUUGUUGUCAGUCAGCCUCAAUCUCAAGAGUUUAAAAUACGUCUACCAGAAAGAUGUGUUUCCACACUCUUAUAAGAAAUGUUUCGUUCUCCUAUCUAACCGAUGUGGGAUCUUACAAUCUACCACCCGCUUGGAGACCAAUAUCUUCGUUGACACAUCGUCCAAGACCUAGCUCUAAUACCAUUUGUAAUGGCUCAAGUCCACCACUAC